CUGGGGAGAUGGUGUCAUGUGACAGGAGGAGUGCAGAGUUUACUUUACUGUGCCAGGGGAUCAGCACCGUUAUAGCUUUAAAUAUUAUGCUGAUUUGAUCAUGCAUGUGACUGAAGACUCUGUAUGCCGGUUAUUUUAAUGAGCUUCCGUUCUGUUAGGACCUGUUCAGACUGCAUAUGGAGUACACGGGUUCAAACACGGUCAGCUUACCCAUUUAUGCGUCUCCGCUUGUGGGGGAAAUUACCUUCGGCUCCGCGUGGGAAGAAAACACAGACAGAGUAAGUUGCAUUUCUCAGACGGGGAACUCACUGCCAACUGACAGCGAGAUGCCACACGUGUCACGUGUCGCCCCUGUGACGUCACCCACGUCCGCUUGCCAGCGCGUGAAUCUGCCCGGUGUUAUGGACGCAGAGGGGAGAGUGGACGAGACCAGACUGCGGAUGUACAUAUUUAAAAAUGGUGGCGUUUCCCCGGAAGAGCGAGGCCUGGUGUGGCGUUUCUUGUUUGGAAUGUAUCCUUGUAGCUCUACAACUCUGGAGCGCACCCUACUGCUGGAAGAGAUGUCAGUACGUUACCAUGUUAUGAAGAAGAAGUGGCAACAUCUGCUUCCUGGGGCUGUUCGUCUGUGCCUUAAUGGCACUGAUGCUGAGCUGGUGGCAGCAGUUCAGUAUUUUGAGAAGAGACAAGAGAGAGAAAGAGAAACACAGCAGUACCAGUACAAGUCAAAAGAGGUCAAAGAAAGGAUUUCCUUCCUAGAGCUUCAGGCACAGGUCCUGUUUGAACGGGUGACUUUUGACCUGGAAGAACUUCAAGAGGCCAUACGUAUCAUUGACAAAGAUGUUCCGAGAACUGAUAGAGUUCUGGCCUACUACACGGAUGAAGGCCUGGGUAAUAUCCUGGUGCUGAGAGAUAUUCUGAUCACAUAUGCUGCUUUCCACCCAGCGGUCAGUUAUGCCCAGGGUAUGAAUGAUCUGUGCAGUCGGUUUCUGGAGGUCCUAGACUCAGAGGUGGACACAUACUGGAGCUUUUGCUGUUACAUGGAAAAAUUUUCACGAGACUUUUGUGCUGACGGCCUGUAUCGUAAAAUUGAAUUAGAGGCAGCUCUGCUAAAGGAGUUGGACCCUCAUCUUCAUGCUCAUCUUGUAACUAACAAUACAGACAGACUGACAUUCUGUCACAGGUGGCUGCUGCUGGGUUUCCAGCGCGAGUUUGAACAUGGUGAUGCUCUCCGGUUGUUUGAGAUUCUCAGUUGUGAUCAUCUGGAGCUCAUUUCCCAGCAGGUGGAUCGGGCACUCUAUCAGGAGAGACUGGCGUACAAACAUAGCCUUCAUGAUGAACCGGUAACAGAACCUCCAUCUGUUAACAGAGAGUUCACAUUUGAACUCUUCAUCUGUGCCACCAUUCUGCUGGAGAACAGAGAUUCACUGCUCAGCUGCAGAAAUGAGGUCCAGCUAUUGCAAUUCACAAACAGCCUGCAGGGGACUCUGGAUUUGAACAGCAGUCUGAAGAAAGCUGAGGAGCUUUUCUACAACUAUUGUAAGCGUUCAGCCAAGGAUUGCCUCAGUGAUCGCUACCAAAAACACAAGAGCAAAGAGGAGCCUUUCCUGUAUCUGCUGCGCAACCUGUUCUCCUGAGCUAAAGACAGACUUUCUCGAUAUUUCUGGAUGAGUCUAAAUUCAGAUGACUGAUAAGUAAAGUUUUUAUCAUAUUCUGGGCCAUUCUGAGGAAAGAAGUUUGUUGUACUGCACAAAAAUGUUCACAUGGCUUAGACUAAUUAGAAUAAGAACUGAUUUGAAUAAUGCUGCUUAAAUAACUGACUGGUUUAUGGAGAUGAUUGAUGAUCAUUCACGUUUUCUGUAGCAUAAGGAAUAUUUAAAUGAACAGCACUUUUUCUUGUUGAAAAUGUGUAUGCAUUAGUCCAAUAAAGUGACCCGUAAUCCCUGUCCUGGUUAGUCCCCAGAAUGAAAUGAACACAUACAGUUAAUUUAACACUGGAAUUUAACUGUGACUAGCAGAGCAUUCAGCAUGUUCUAACACAUUGCACAUUAGGGUACACAAAACAAAAAAGACACUUUUAUGGUCCAAACACUAAUAAUAUUCAAUUGAUUAAUGAAAAAUCUUUUUUUAAAAAUAAGGUCAUGUUGAGUGUUACUCUUGCAAAGGCAUUUUGUUUUCUUUAUUAUCGUAUACUGCGUAUAACAGUAAUUUUAAAAACUGUUGUCUGUAUUACUAUAAAAAAAAAGUCAAAUGAGAUAUGAUCAUGUCCAUAUAUGCUGCUGAUUAAUAGAACAGCCAUUGCUAAAUAUAAAAUGUAUUCUUUUUGUUUUAUGAUUGUUUUGAAAAAUAUAUGCUAUACAGAUUCGAUGUGAAGGUUUAUGUCAGACCCCUCUGGCUAUUUUAGAGUUUGGUACUGAAAAUAUCAGCUUCUUGACUUCUAAGUUAAAUUAGAUCAGUAUCCAAUAAUAGAAACAUUUGUACAUUGAGCUGAUGUUGUACUCAUGUGUAAGUUGACCACUGCACUGCUACUUCUAGAAAAGCCUCUGUGACGAAUCACAGUCAAUAGUUAGCAAUGCUCAAGUGUCAGUGUGUCAGAAAUGGACACCCACUGGGACUUUGUCUUAUUUUGGAAGGUGUGUCCUGCUAACGUGAACUACAGCUCAACUUGACAUCAAGGAAAUUGGAAAAUUCUCAAAUGUUUGGGAAGGACCUUUUUUUAAAUAAUAUCCUAAACAUACAUUAUUGUACACAAAGGGUUUUUGCGUGACUGUGCUGUUGGUGUUGUGAGGGAAUGGGGAACCAUUUGUGUUUUAUUUUAAGAUUUUUAUUUUAAGAAGCUGUUGUUUUCAAGUAACCGUGUGAGUCAUGUGAAUCAUUGAACAGAGUCCUUUUAGUGUAAGCUGCUCUGCUUUUCUGUCCUGGAAUUAAAAAACUGUGUAAUGUAAUAUUUAUUUUAUAUCUUUUUUCCUCUGAAAUUCAAAUAAUUUGAAGUAUUAGAGUUUCAGUGGUUCAGAGCUUAUCAAUUCUGAGCAGGAUUUUAUCUAGCCUCGUGCAGCUGAGCAAGUCAUGUACAGUAUACUAAAUGAUAAUGUUUAAAAGAAGAUUUUAAUAUGUCAUAACAACUGCAUAUGUACACGUUAUUAAAAAAUAUUUUUAAAAAAUAAUUAAAAAUAUAACAAGA